UCGCGUUUCGUAACUGAAAAAACUGCAAUGAUGACUAAAACGUGACGAGUAUUAAAAUGGGGGCCUUUAUAUUUUUAUCGUAUAAUGCUAAGCCGGCUGUUGUUAAAUGUUGACAUAGUUCUUCUUACAUUUCUACAUGAUUGUGUGAAAAAUCUCGUAAUGUUCAGCUCUGCUAAUAUACGCAACAAUGAAUUUAAGCUCUUGCACGAACUGGUUAUGUGCCAAGCGAGACGGCAAAAUACCGAAUUCGACGUCGGAUUACCAGUCCGUAGUGACCUCGGGACCAGGACCAAGUCCUGGAAGUUCAAACUCUUGUGACGACGUCGUUCCUCCCGCGAAAAACUGCUACCGACUGGUCAUGUUGGGCUCAGCUAGGGUAGGUAAAACCUGCCUAGUCUCGCGGUUUCUAGGAGGUAAAUUUCAGGAGAGCUAUACACCAACCAUUGAAGACUUUCAUAGGAAACUAUAUAGGAUUAGGGGAGAGAUAUAUCAGUUAGACAUAUUAGAUACUUCUGGGAACCACCCCUUUCCCGCCAUGAGGAGACUUUCGUUUUUAACAGGGGACCUGUUCGUAAUUGUAUUCAGCAUGGACAGCAGGGAGACUUUUGAAGAAGCAAUAAGAUUACGGGAGCAAAUAAUAGAAACUAAAGUAAAUGCCGGGGCCUCGAACAGCGGCGGACUGACAAGGAAGAAGACCAUGCCGAGGGUGCCGAUGAUCCUGGCGGGGAAUAAAUGCGAUAAAGAAAUGAGGACGGUGACCGCGGAGGAGGCCCAGGCCUAUUGCGACACCCAGGACUCCAGCUGCGACUUCGUGGAGACGUCGGCCAAGAAGAACCUGAAGGUGGACGAGGUGUUCUACCAGCUGUUCGUGGUGGCCAACCUGCCGCAGGAGAUGGCCCCCAACCACCACAAGCGCGUGAGCGCCAGCUUCGGCGCCCCCUGUCCGCUGCCCCCCUCCGCGCCUUCGCACCUCUCCAAGAAGUAUCACCUGUCGGUGAAGAGGAGACUGAGUGACGCGUGCGGUGUAGUGACGCCCAACGUGCGCCGACCCAGCAUAAGGACCGACCUGAUGAUCAUGAGGACUAAGACGUGCAGUCUGGGCGACAGUCCGGGAAAUUCGAACAACUCGCCGAUACGGUGGAGGCGCAUCGAGAACGGGUGUACGUUACAGUAAAGCGCGGGUUUGUAAUUAAUGUGUUAAUAGUCCAAUUUCCAUGGUUUUCAAAAUACACACGAAUAUACAGGGUGAUUCAGAACUUAUCCAAAAAAAAUAAAAAAUCUGGAUGUAC